AUGUGGCGGCCUUGGAGGUACUCAAGGUACCCAAAUCGAUGCAGAGGUCGGCAGGUCAGCCGUCGACAAGUUCAGCGCGAGCUUUCAAGUGUGCCGAAAGCUCAUGACGGACGGGUAUCGAAGCGUCACUUGAGGAGAGUUGAAAAAAGAAAAGCACGAACACUUGAACGCGCCGCACAGAAACAUUUGGAAGACCUGAGCAUUGGAAGGUACACAUGUAAGCCGGCUAUAGAUGAUCGAGCAUUCUAUUGGAGCAAACUCUCCUUUACAUUUACAAUCCGAUCCAAAUAUAACAAACAUCGGGCCGUUCACAACCUCUGUGGUCCAGAUGUUCUCGUUGAGCUAGACUCCUGUGCUAAACUCGUACUUAGGGAUAGUGAUUCUGUUUCACUCACCUAUCGUGAAGAAGCGCAUGACAAAUGCAAAGUUAUAAGUUGGUGUGAAGAUAAAGUCGAUGAAUAUGAAAGUUCAGUAGAUUAUUAUGGUGGUGUAGUGGUGUACAUAUGA